UGCUGUGAAGACAAACUCCUUGCUCGUUAGUUAUGGCUCGUACCAAGCAGACCGCUCGCAAGUCCACUGGCGGCAAAGCGCCACGCAAGCAGCUGGCCACCAAGGCGGCCCGCAAGAGCGCGCCCGCCACCGGCGGCGUGAAGAAGCCGCACCGCUACCGGCCCGGCACGGUGGCCCUGCGCGAGAUCCGGCGCUACCAGAAGUCCACGGAGCUGCUGAUCCGCAAGCUGCCGUUCCAGCGGCUGGUGCGCGAGAUCGCGCAGGACUUCAAGACGGACCUGCGCUUCCAGAGCUCGGCCGUGAUGGCGCUGCAGGAGGCGUGCGAGGCCUACCUGGUGGGGCUCUUCGAGGACACCAACCUAGCUGUAUUAGGUAACAUGUCUGGACGCGGCAAGGGCGGCAAGGGCCUGGGAAAAGGCGGCGCCAAGCGCCACCGCAAGGUGCUGCGGGACAACAUCCAGGGCAUCACCAAGCCCGCCAUCCGGCGCCUGGCCCGGCGCGGCGGCGUCAAGCGCAUCUCCGGCCUCAUCUACGAGGAGACCCGCGGGGUGCUGAAGGUGUUCCUGGAGAACGUGAUCCGGGACGCCGUCACCUACACCGAGCACGCCAAGCGCAAGACCGUCACCGCCAUGGACGUGGUCUACGCGCUCAAGCGCCAGGGCCGCACUCUCUACGGCUUUGGCGGCUAAAAACUUAGCUCUUUAUUUCCUGCAUAGAAAAAGGCCCU